UAGGAACCUGUUAUGGAAUAAACGCUGUUGCCUUAUCUUGCCUAUGGUAGCAUCAUAUGUAAUGUCCACCAGAUAUCUACUUAUAUUACUGUACUUAAUAGCUUCUUAUGUCAAUUAACAUUGGACGUACUGUAUCAGAAGAUGGACCGUUUAAUCGCAUUAUUAUGAGCGUGGGUGGUAUAAAAGUAUUAGCUCAUUGAUUCCCAUCCAGGUAUUGGCAGACAUUUUAAGACAAAAUAGUUAACAUGGAGUGGAAGCUAAAGAAGAUUCUGUCGCUUUUACUGGAGGUGAUUAUUUUGUGCUAUAUGGUUCAUGGAACUGCAGUGGAGAAUAGAGAAUGCAGGGAGCAGGAGUACAGGGAUGAAGCAGGGGACUGUAUCGCCUGCAGACAGUGUGGAUCUGGGCAGGAGUUAUCCACGGAAUGUGGUUUUGGCUAUGGGGCGGGUGCUCGCUGUGCACCCUGCAGACCAGGGCGCUACAAAGAGGAAGCAGGAGGGCAGAAAUGCAAGCCGUGUCUAUCAUGUGCCCACACCAGCCGCCUCCAUAGAGCCAACUGCACCACCACAGGAAACGCUGUGUGUGGAGACUGUCUGCCCGGGUUCUAUAGGAAAACCAAGCUGAGUGGGUUUCAGGACAUGGACUGUGUACCCUGUGGAGACCCUCCUCAUGCCUAUGAGCCUCUCUGCAGUAGCAGGGUGAACCUGGUGCCCCUUUCGUCUGUUGUGGCAAGCUCCAGGGACACUGUCCUGGCUGUAGUCAUCUGCAUCGCUCUGACUUCUGUCCUACUGGCCCUAAUACUUUUCUGUGCCAUCUACUGCAAAAGACAGCUGGAGAAGAAACCUCAUGAGCCAUGCCAGGGUGGUAGCUGCCAUGAUGCAAAGUUCCCCAGCUUUGAGAAUAUUCAGGACCAUCAGCUACAUCAAAUCACCUCAAACUGCUACCAUGGCACAGGCAUAACUUGUGGUAUGUUGUUCUGUUAGCCUGGGCUUGCAAAUAACCUUUUCAUGUCAUUCUUUACCAAUAUGCACAUGGCGCCAAAUCCACAUUUGAGAAGAGUGCAUAACUUGAAUUUCUGCACUUGACAUGUCCCAUCAACAUCUCUAAAACUGCAUUUUCCUGUCCUAAGGUUAAGUGAAGCUUUUCCCUUAUCAGUUCUCUGAGGAACCUUGCAGCAUGGAGAACAGCAAUGGUAUGGCCACAUAUCCUGCCUGGGACUCACAGAGAAGACCACUAGAGAACACACUGCCCAGUAAGCUGAACCAUGACCUCUAUAUCAAACUGAUGUGGAAGUGUCUGAUGAGAAGACGUGGACCAAUGCUGUAUUAAACUAAAGAUCUGGGAUUCACUAAACUGUACUGAGUAGGCCUAAAAGCAGAGACCAUUUCUUCAUGAGGAUAACCUUUGAUAUGUUGACUGUCAUCAUAACAGACUUGUGGUUAUGUGAAAGACAUUGCAACUGCUGACAGAAACGUGACUUGCUGGUUUCAAAGCCAUUCAAACUUGUAUUUUCUGCUUCUGUUAUUUUCCAGAGCUCAUCUCAUUGACAUGACCAAAUGUGUGAUAUAGUGCAAGUUUAAAUUUAACCAAUUCUCUUGGAUUUUUAAAAAUGUUAAAAUAUGUACAAUGUAUACAUUUAAAAAGCUUGUAAUUUACAGUCUCAUCCAAAAUUAUUGGCACCCUUGAUAAAGAUGAGCAAAAAAUUCUGAGCUAUUGUAUUUUAAAGUAGUACAAUUGCUUAGAAAAAGAUUGUUUAACAAAUAAUAAAACAUCUCAAAAUGA